UCUGUUUGCAGCUGCUUUAAAAGGCGAAGCAGUAUUACUCCAAAAACCCUAGUUCUUUCUACCACUAGCAUAACCCUCGUCAGGAAAAUGGCUCCGAAGGCACCGAGUACGGGUCUUUUCGUUGGAAUGAACAAGGGGCAUAUCGUCACCAAGAAGGAGCUGCCUCCCCGCCCCAGAGAUCGCAAAGGAAAAACAAGCAAGAGGGUGCACUUUGUGAGGAAUCUCAUUCGCGAGGUUGCUGGUUUUGCGCCGUAUGAAAAGCGUAUAACUGAGUUGCUGAAGGUUGGAAAGGAUAAGAGGGCAUUGAAGGUUGCCAAGAGGAAGCUCGGUACCCAUAAACGUGCCAAGAGGAAGAGAGAGGAGAUGUCCAAUGUCCUCAGAAAGAUGAGGGCUGGUGGAGGCGGUGACAAGAAGAAGUAAGUGUUUUACUUUGGUUCAUUCGAGUGUUCUGGGGGGAUCAGUGUUUUUGAAGGACAAGCUAUAUCUUAGUUUUGUUUGGCUCAAUUUAUCAGUGUAAUCUUUUACUUUUAGAUAUGAUCUGUUUUGAUUAUGUGAUUUUUGGAAAAUACCAUUGGAUUAUUUUGAGUCUUAACAUGAGAUUAAAACUUUUUCAAGCCAA